AUCCUUAAACAGUACGUCAAUUCCUUAACCAGUACGUCAAUAACACACACACUCACUCUCUCUCUCUCUCUCUCUCUGCAAUUCUUCUCUCUCCUCGAACUCCCCCAAGAAGAAAAAUGGACCUGAAAGAAUCGAUCAGCAACCAAACCGACUUCUCCCUCGCCCUCGCGAACCGAGUCUCCCUCUCCGAGUCCAAGGACUCCAACCUGGUCUUCUCCCCCCUCUCGAUCCACGUCGUUUUGGGCCUGAUCGCGGCCGGAUCCGCCGGCCCGACCCGAGCCCAGUUACUCUCUCUCCUCAACUCCAAGUCCACCGACGACCUCAACUCCCUCUCCUCACAGCUCGUCUCCCUCGUCCUCGCCGACGGCGGGCCCAGCGGCGGCCCCAAGCUGUCGUUCGCCAACGGGGUUUGGGUCGACCAGUCGCUCUCUCUCAAGGCUUCUUUCAAACAGGUGGUGGAUACUGUUUAUAAAGCGGUUUCGAGUCAUGUCGAUUUUCAGACCAAGGCAGUUGAAGUGACCAAUGAAGUGAAUCAGUGGGCUGAAAAGGAGACCAAUGGACUUAUCAAAGAAGUUCUUCCUUCUGGUUCAGUCGAUGCUUCAACCAGACUCAUCUUUGCAAAUGCACUCUAUUUCAAAGGGGCAUGGACUGCAAAAUUCGACGCAUCGAAAACCAAAGACCAAGAGUUUCACCUCUUGAAUGGGAGUUCAGUUCAAGUACCCUUCAUGACAAGCAAGAAGAAACAACUUGUUAGGGCAUUUGACGGUUUCAAAGUCCUAGGGCUUCCUUACAAACAAGGUGAAGAUAAACGCCGAUUUUCUAUGUACUUCUUUCUUCCAAAUGCAAAAGACGGUCUUUCUGCUUUAAUGGAGAAAGUAAGUUCUGAAUCUGGGUUCUUAGACCGCCACUUGCCAUACCAAGAAGUAGAAGUGGGUGAAUUCCGGAUCCCAAAAUUUAAAAUCUCUUUUGGCUUUGAAGCUUCUAAAGUUCUCAAGGGAUUAGGGUUAGUUUUGCCUUUUUCCGGUGGUGAAGGGCUGACGGAGAUGGUGGACUCCCCUGCUGUUGGUCGAAACCUAUACGUUUCGAGCAUUUUCCACAAAUCUUUCAUUGAAGUUAACGAAGAAGGCACAGAAGCGGCAGCCGCUUCCGCUGCUGUUGUGAAGCUGAGGGGUUUGGCUAUCCCGGAGAAGAUAGAUUUUGUGGCCGACCACCCGUUCUUUUUCGUCAUUAGAGAAGACAUGACUGGUGUGGUGCUCUUCAUCGGCCACGUGCUUAAUCCCCUUGUGGGUUGAUUGAACCUGAUGCAGUGAGGUAAAUAAACGUGUUUGUAGAUGAAGCCUAACAUGUAUUGAGCUCUUAGUGAGUUCUAAUUUCUGUAUUGAUGUUCGAAUUUUACUACUGUAAUACGGAAAAUAGGCCUGGUAUGCAGCUAUGGGGUGUGGGCAUUAUGUGCUUUCAUUUUCGUGUUUUGAUAUCCUUUGUUAUCUGAUUCAAAAAAAAAAAAAAAAUCCUUUAUCUUUCCCCUUGA